GUCACCACAGGAAUGUGGGGCUUGUUACACGGACAGUGACGGAGUAAAGACAUGUUGAAGUUUACCUUCGAGUCUGGUUGAGUUAAUUCUGUAUAAUAUCCUCAGUAUAAUAUCCUAAGUAUAGAAUUGAACAAGAGAGGCCAGUAAAACAUGCACAAUGACUAUGCUGAUACGACGCUCACGAACACUUCCUGCCCCAUCUCAUAAUCCAGACCAGACGCACUCGGAAAGUGGAUACAUUUUUCCCGCUUGCUCUACGAGACCUCAACAUUUCAUCAAAUUAUUUCAGCCAAACAUUUAGCUACUAGAAAUCAGUUCCAGAUCUACCCAGCCUACCAUGUCUGAACCAGGUUCUGGUUGUGGUGUUCCAGCCCAGAGAAGCUCCCAGCGGGGUCCAGAGUUGCUGUCAGUGAAGCUGGGUGACUGCAAUCAAACAGUGGAACUCAAUGUGAUUGUCAAGGAGGAGGGCGAGGAGAGAGAAAUCAAUGAGGAGGAAGAGAGAGAGGACAGGGACUCUGACUCAGGAGAGAGCCCCAACCCAGACUCAGUCAACAAGCCCAGUUCCACAGCAUCAAGACUACCUGGUUGUGGGAGUUACCCCUGUCCUCAAUGUGGAAAGUGUUUCAGUCGAGCAGGAGACCUGAAGACUCAUCAGAAAUCACACAGUGGAAAGAAGCCUGCCUGUACUUUCAAUGUGAUUGUCAAAGAGGAGGAGGGUGACUGUACUCUCAAUGUGAUUGUCAAAGAGGAGGAGGAUGAGAAGGAAAAGAGAGAAGUUGAGGAAGAGAAGGAAACUAGUGGUGUAGUUCACCCAGAUACAUCAAGACUUCGUGGUCGUUACCCCUGUCCUCAAUGUGGAAAGAGUUUCAGUUCCUCAGGUAAUCUAAAGAAUCAUCAAAGAGUACACACUGGAGAGAAGCCUCACCACUGCUCUCUUUGUGGGAAGUGUUUCAGUCGAGCAGGAGACCUGAAGACUCAUCAGAGAUCGCACAGUGGAGAGAAGCCUCACCACUGCUCUCUUUGUGGGAAGCGUUUCAGUCGAGCAGGAGACCUGAAGACUCAUCAGAGAUCGCACAGUGGAGAGAAGCCUGCCAGUACUUUCAAUGUGAUUGUCAAAGAGGAGGAGGAUGAAAAGGAAAUUGAUGAGAAGGUAAAGAGAGAAGUUAAGGAAGAGCAGGAAACUAGUGGUGUAGUUGACCCAGAUACAUCAAGACUACCUGGUCGUUGUCGUUUCCCCUGCCAUCAGUGUGGGAAGAGUUUCCGUUCCUCAGGUAAUCUAAAGAAUCAUCAAAGAGUACACACUCGAGAGAAACCAUUUCACUGUGCCACAUGUGGGAAGAGUUUCCGUGAAAAAUUCAACCUCACGAGACAUGAGAAGGUGCAUAGUGGGGAGAAGCCUUACCACUGCACCCAGUGUGGGAAAACCUUCAAUCGUUCUGGAAGUCUUAAGGAACAUCAAAGAGUACAUACAGGGGAGAAGCCUUAUCACUGCUCUCUUUGUCGGAAGAGUUUUAGUCAGCCAGGAAACCUUAAGAAACAUCAGAGAAUACAUACAGGGGAGAAGCCUUACCAUUGCUCUCUGUGCGGAAAUAGUUUUUGUUUUGCUGGAAACUUAAAGAAUCAUCAGAGAUCACACUGUGGAGAGAAGCCUUACCACUGCUCUCGGUGUGGGGAGGGAUUCCCUCAACUUAAAAGUCUUAAAAGCCACCAGAAAAUACAUAUUGGAGAGACGCCUCCCUCUACUUUCAAUCUGAUUGUCAAAGAGGAGGAUGGUGACUGUACUUUCAAUGUGAUUGUCAAAGAGGAGGGGGAUGAGAAGAAAAUUGAUGAGAAUGAAAUAAGAGAAGUUGAAGAGGACAAUAGUGGUGUAGUUGACCCAGAUAGAUCAAGACUGCCUGAUCGUGGUCGUUACCCCUGUCCUCAAUGUGGAAAGAGUUUCAGUUCCUCAAGUAAUCUUAAGAAUCAUCAAAGAGUACACACUGGAGAGAAACCUUUCCUCUGCUCCCAAUGUGGGAGGAGUUUCAGUGAGAAAGUAAACCUUAAAAGACAUGAAAGAGUACAUAGUGGAGAGAAGCCUUACCACUGCACCACAUGUGGGAAGAGCUUCAAUCAUUCAGGAAGCCUUAGAGAUCAUCAGAGAAUUCAUACAGGGGAGAAACCUUACCACUGCUCACUGUGCGGAAAUAAUUUUCGUUUUGCUGGAGACCUAAAAAAUCACCAGAGAUCACACAGUGGAGAGAAGCCUUACCACUGCAUUCGGUGUGGAGAGGGAUUCACUCAGCUAAGAAGUCUAAAAAGUCAUGAGAGAUUAUCCAUUGGAGGGAAGCCUGUCUGUGCUUUCAAUGUGAUUGUCCAAGAAGAGAAAUAAGUUGAGGGAGAGGAGCGUGAUGUGAAAUAAAGGUGAAGUGAGGAUACAUAAGCAACUCUGUAGGUAUGGAAAUUCACACCUAUUCUUGCAAUGGCAUCUUCUGUGACAACAUGGUCAUGGGCAGCACCAUUUAGGGCUAUCUACAUUUUCUUUUACUACUAUAAGUGUCAAUGCUGAGACCACGGUCUCUUUUCCAGAUGAGGCCUGUAUAGCACCACAAUACACAUUAAUAUACAAUAAAGACAUUCAACUAAACAUUCAUAAACACAAUAUACAAGGUGUUAUACACAACAAUACACGAAAAGCAAAACACAAUCAUACAAAAACAGACUCGUUCUUUAGUAACAAGGUCCCCUGACAAUCGUCUGAAAGACCCUAGGGCCACCAAUUCCAAAGUGCAUUGUAGAUCAUUUGACACACGCAAGGCACAAGUAAACCAAAUGCUGAUCUACCGAACUCUGUAGACACCAAUGGAGUCUAGAGUUAACCAACCCUGUGAACGGGUUUGAUAACUUAUCAUUUAGAGGCAGCUGCUCUUAUAUAAAUUGUAUCACCAUAAUUGAGAACAGAUUCCUGCUGACUAGAGAGAGACUAGACCAGUUUCUGUAAAUAAAUACAAAAACACUUUAAAUCUUAGUUUCUUAACAAGCUCAGUCAUAUGUUUAUUUAUUUAUUUUUUAAACGUUAAAUCACACCGUCUUUGUAUGCUGGGACUCGUUCGAUUUAUAAAACCAUCCGAUGAGUGAGGGAAGAUGUAAUCCAACUGAGACAAUAAGUAUGAGUUUUAAAUCAGUAAGGGCUUUCCUGCACAACUGUAAAAUCUGUAGCCUUGUCACAGCCAGGACAGCAGUCGGGGUAAUUCCUUAACGUAAUAGUAUCAUCCGUAUUUACAUGAGAUCGAGACAAGAUCAUUAACAACUAUAGUGGUUGCUGUAAUAGUGCUAUGCCCAGACCUAAACCCUGAUUGGUUUUACGUUAACUAUACAUGUCUCAUUGUAAACCAGCUUGCCAGUCCGGGCCUAAAGCCUUUACAUGAGAUCGAUAUACUGAACAAUGUUUUCCAUUCGCACAAAAAAGCUUAUUUUGUGCACAAGUUUGUUUACAUCCCUGUUAUUGAGCAUUUUUCCUUUGCCAAGAUAAUCCAUCCACCUGACAGGUGUCAUAUCAAGAAGCUGAUUAAAUAGCAUGAUCAUUACAGCAUGAUCAUUGACAAACCUUAGUCUAGUCAUGGUAAAAACUUGACGUCUGGCCACCCGAGUGGCACAGCGGUCUAAGGUACUGCAUCGCAGUGUUCCGGCGUCACUACUCAAUCCCAGGCUGUCUCAUUACCGGUCGUGACCAGGAGUCCCAUAGGGAGGCGCUCAAUUGGCCCAGCGCAGUCCGGGUUAGGGGAGGGUUUGGCGGGGGUGGGGGGCUUUCCUUGGCUCAUCGUUCUCUAGCAACUCCUUGUGGCGGACCGGGCACUUGCAGGCUGACUUCGGUUGUCAGUUGAAUGGUGUUUCCUCCAACACAUUGGUGCAGUUGGCUUCUGGGUUAAGCGAGCGGAUGUUAAGAAGCUCGGUUUGGUGGGUCAAAAAUGAUU